AAAUGCGCAUGCCGCAUGGUAUGUUCAAUGUUGUGCGUGUGAGUCUAUAAGAAUUCGGUGUUUGUUCCUUGGCUGUGAGAGUGGGGAUGAGAUUGUGUGUUUGUUUUGUUGUUAUUGAAGAUGUAAGUCGUACGGAUAAACUACAGCGAUGUGCAUAAUCAAAUAUCACAGAAACGAUGUAUUUCAUCGGUAAAGAUUUUACUGCACUGAGAAUAUAUAAUAUUGGUGUCGACAGACCGGGAAUAAGUGUUGCAGUAUUCCCAAGUGGGCUGCGGCACUUUUGAGAACGCUCAGAUUGGUUGCGCCCUUUACAAAUGGCACUCAACUUUUAAGUAACUAUUUUACCAACAACGCAAGGCUGUGUUGCUGAUUUUGUAGUAUGGAGCUGCAGAAACUGUGCAUAAUUGUGAUAGCUAUGAAAAUAGUAUGAGACAUAAUACCAUCACGUCAUGCACAGAGAAUCCAGAGGAGCACUCCAUUCUCACAACAGUAAACAUCAAGAUGAAGAAAUACUAUCAGUUAGUUUUGGUGAUUGUGUCUGUGGUAAGUUUUAUAACACUUCUCUUCUACCGCCAUGAGUACAACAGGCUGCGUUAUGUUAUGGAAGUGCUGAGCUUUUUUGGAAAACCAGGACAAGUGGCUGAGUGCCUUCCUCCAAACAUCUCUCAAAAUUUGAAGAAAUCUGUCAGUUUCAUUGAUCCACUGCCAUCUUGGCAACGACUGACUGACACACAUUUUGUUUAUUCAGCCUUCUGGGAAAAGAAUGAUAUCCACAGUCAUGUGAAAGUUUUCUCUGUUGAAGCAGGGAAAACUAUUCCACAGUACAGCUGUGAAGUUUGGUUUGAAGACAAUAACACCCCAGUAACUGGAAGAUUCAGUUACACAAUAAUUCAGUCAAAAGAGAGUGCACUUACCCAUGAACAAACUGUGAUUGCAGAUAAUGUUAUAGCAUAUAACUUGUACUGCAAACCAAAGCAAAUUCCUGGUAUUCCGUUUGGGGUUACAUUUUUCAAGACUGAUAGUUUGUUGCCGUCCCAUGUUUUCAUUCCUGUUGGUUAUCCUGUUGACAGACCAAUAUUAGAAAACAGCACAGCAGUUUGCAUUGUACCUGGAUUUAAACCAGUACUGCAAAAAUCUGCAAUCAUUGAAUUUCUUAGCUACCAUCAUCUUAUUGGAGUAAAUGAAUUUAUAGUAUAUGACAAAGGCUUACCAAACCGAAUUGCUCAAGUGCUGCUGGAUCCAGCAAUUAAAGAAAAUUUUGGUAUUGCAUUGUCUUUGCUUCCCUGGAAUUUCCCAUUUCCACAUUUGGAAGCAGAGCCAGUUAUGAGACUUGUUGUCGAGAGAGACUGCAUACAAAGAACUGCUGGAAAAGUUCGGAAUGUGGCUGUUUUAGGUUGGGGUGAGUAUGUAGUUCCUAGGUAUCACCACACUCUUGCAGGUAUGUUAGAUGAUUUUGACACAAAGAAAAAAACAACCACCAGUUUUGAAAUACCAACAAUAGUUUUUUGUACUGAUCUCUUAGAACAUGACACAGACGAAUCUUUACCAUUGGUUCUUCGAAAGACGAGGUAUUACAAAGGAGACGACAUGGAUCCCCCUCUGCAUCUGUAUCGUCCUCAGACGGCAGUGUCCAGGUUUACUGUACCCAGUACACAACGUGUUUCACAAGGAAUAGCUGCUGUACAUCGCUACAUAGAAUGCAUGCUUGGUACUGGUGAACAGCCAGUUGAAACUCUUCCAUAUGAGAGAGCUAUUCUUAGAUUUGCAGGGGAUUUGAAACGAUCUAAAUUGUUAAGAGCUUGGUCUUCAGGUAGACUGUUCUAAUUUUUAAUUUUAUUUGUAUGUGCUCAUUCACAUUACUGACAGGGAUGGUGUUCACAUUCCAGCUGGGCUUUAGAAGCAUGCCUUCAGGUAAUGUGCUUCCAAUAAAGACUUAUGAUUUUAUUAAUUGGGAAAAUAAUGCACUUGAUGUGGUAAGAGAUAUAAAACUAUAUCUUACACUAUAACUUAGUCUGCUGUUGGAGUAAUUUUAAACAGUAGCAGGCCCAGAGAUAGAAUUGCAGAUAGCUGUGUUUUGUGACCCUUAAUUUGUGCAGUGAUGCUUUUGUAUUGUUUUAUUCUAAUAAAAUUAUGACUGUUAAUUGGAAAGUGUGUUGUACAUAGAACUUUGGAAAUGUAUAUUUUGAAUAUGUGUAAUAGAGGGCUAUUUGACCAGCCCCUCAACUAGCUUGAAUCAUGUAGUUUUCUAACUUCCCUUUAUUGUAGACUUUUUUAUACCUUUUUAUCUAGUCGAAGUAAUGCUGAAAUUUUUUCUCUCUCUGAGCUUCUCUGAUAAAUCAGGUUGUGUAGUAGUACAGUAUUGUAGCUGACAAAUAAGAUGUUACAGUUGUUCAUAUAAAAUUUCCCAUAAAUUGUUAAAAUACCAAGUAUGACAUACAGAGCCUGAGUUGCAGUAUGGUGGCAUAGUUUUGUCAAUAAUCUGUGUGGCAUAAUCACAUUUAACAAUAUUAAAGCAUAUUGAUUUGUAAUGUAAACAUACUUGCACAAUUGAGACUACUUGUAGCACACAGCUAUGUAAGAUUUAUAUGCUGUCACUGCAGCAGCUUAAACUGAGCAUUUAUUAUGUAUGUACAUUUGUAUAAAAUACUGUACAAUAAAUAUUUGUGAAGAGA